CAAUGAUCUCCAUUCUUCACUUUUCUUCCAGACUUCUGUUCACCUUCUCCGCGUCCAUUUUGCCAUCAUAUUCCGGCGCUGAACUCUACCUGCAUUAUCCAUUCGACCCACGCUUUACUAGUAUCUGAAAAGAUCAACACGUGGACUGGGAGGUUCCGCAUAGCCUAAACAAGAUUGGUUCGUUUUGGGAAGCACACCUGCGCCGAUUUCGUCGUUCUGCGUCUAACACCACGCCUUCCGAGCCACCGCCGAUGAAUAUAUAACAAGCCGGUUUCCUUGUCCCACCUCGGUCCGCCGAACGAAAUCGUUUGUCUAAAUUGCACAUGAUAAACAUCCACACGUCAACCCGCAUCGUCCUCCUCACCUCUUCACCGCGUCCUGAGUGUCCUUCUUUUUAAGUUCACGAUGAGUCCCUCAUGAUCUCUUGCGACGUCCUCCUCACAAACGGACCUGACUUAGGGGCUUAUGGAAGUUACACAGAGUUCAGUACCAGUGGUAGAGAGUGGAGGUAAGCUUACCCACCAAGGUCUCGCGGGGGAAGCUCCCCCGAAAGACGUCGUCCAUGGGCAAGGCGAGGAAGCCAUAAAAGAUAUUACAUGCGGAUCGAUCGCCGGUAUUGUCGGCAAGUACGUCGAGUAUCCUUUCGACACGGUCAAGGUGCGCCUUCAGUCACAACCGGAUCAUCUACCCUUACAAUUUACCGGACCGCUGGACUGCUUCAAGAAGUCGCUGAAGCAAGAUGGAUUUAUUGGGAUAUACAGGGGUAUAAGCGCACCGCUGGUCGGCGCCGCGGUGGAGACAAGCUGUCUGUUCUUUAGCUACCGCAUAGCGCAGGAUGCCAUGAAGGCAACCAUUUAUCCAGAGAUGAAGCAUGACCCUGAGCAGGAGUUACCGUACUCAACACUGCUCUGGUGUGGCGCCGCGUCGGGUGCAUUCACGUCACUCUUCCUCACACCAAUCGAAUUGGUUAAGUGUAAAAUGCAGGUCCUUCCUGCCGCAAACAUCGCAAGGCCUGGGAUUCUCAACAUCAUUGGGUCCAUUUACCGCCACCAAGGAUUGAUGGGAUAUUGGCACGGUCAAUUGGGCACCCUCAUCCGUGAAACCGGGGGAUCUGCAGCCUGGUUUGGCGGCUUUGAGGGCAUGAAGCUCUUGUUCAAGAAAUUUAGCCAUCCUGCACCGGGUCAUGAAGGCGAUGACCUCCCCGUAUACCAGAGAAUGGCGGCCGGAGCCGUCGCAGGCAUGUCAUACAACUUCCUGUUCUACCCAGCAGACACGAUUAAGUCCAGGAUGCAGACAGAGGACGUCAAACAAAUCACCGGAGGCAAGUCGACCUUCGGCGCUGUUGGCAGGGUGUUAUGGAAGCAACAUGGCCUGAAAGGACUCUAUCGCGGAUGUGGUAUUACCGUGGCAAGGUCCGCGCCCAGCUCAGCAUUUAUUUUCACUGUGUAUGAGGAAUUGAGGAAGAGGUGGCCUGAGCGAUCCAUCCAUAGAGCGAAUUAAUUGGCAUUUUCAUGGCGUUGAAAUCCAGGAGUCGGCAUUUACGGAGGGGCACCAGGCACCCGAAUAGAGCGCACAUGGGGAGCAAACCAAGGAUUAGAGUAGCGGCGCUGGACGGACUGCAUUGUUAGUG